AUCCGCGAGCUACCUCUACUGGAUUUAAACAUUCCCCGAAAUUGGACAGUUGGUCAUACUGCCCUUCGGGUCUGCCAAGCUGUCUUUUUCGAAAGACUACACGGGAAUUUGAAGAGUGGGAGACACGGGCGUAAAUGGGAAGUACGUGGCGUGGGGAUAAUCUCAGAAUGCCAAUCUUGCUAGGUUUCCUAUAGCUGUGGUAAUCGUGAUUGAACGCAGGACUGACUCAACUAUAACUAUAAGACUCGAGUCUCGACAAGUCAACUAGAGAUUUAUGCGCAGAUAUCUUAAUAAAUAAAUUCUUGUUCAGUAUCAAUUUGAGGGAUCGAAAGCCUGCGGAAGGCGAAUUGUUCGCGCAGAUAUUGCUGACGCAACUACAUCGGCGCUUGAUUCUAUUGACCAAAGACAGAGUGCCUCAGUACGACUAUUAUGCGGGUGAAACAGGAAAUUUCUUCGCUUCAGGGUCAUAAUGAUGAUGGAAAUCGGAGAGGCGGCUGCCGCAGAGGUUCAGCCUAAUUUGUCAGAAAUCGAACCACUUGUCACCAUAGCUGCUAACGGAGGUGCCCUUGCAGAGGGAAUAUUACAAGCAUAUCAACCUCCCCUAGAACAGAUAAAGAACGAAUUGGAAGAACUAUUGAAAAAACAAGACAACCUCAUUGGAAAAAUGCAAUUUGAAAAUAAACAAUUGGUAGAGACUGCUGAGGACGGACAGUGCUGCGCAAUGUACGCCACGAUUAAAACUUAUCAAGACAAGUUGUUUCACAUCAAGAAAGAAAUGGGGAGUAUUCAUGACAGAACUAUGAAAUUGAAGAAACGCGCUGUGCGUCUGCAACAAAUUAAACAAAAGGGAGCAUCGACAGUAGAACAGAGACAUGAAGAAGUAUCGCGUCGUGAACAAGAAUCCAUAAGAGAGUCUCCGUCGACAUAGUCGGAAAUGCCAUCAAAGACAGCUGUGAAAAAUACCUUCUUGAGAAAGACUUGAACCCUUUCAUUUCCAUGAAACCUUUGAAGAAACUAAUGUGAAUGGAUUCGCAAUGCAAAUAAAUUCUAUUCUAUUCGUACUGAAAGAUAAUGUAUUUAGUUACAAUAAAUGGAAAUAAUGAGAUCUG